UGAUGAGGCUCUAAACCAGUUCACCGAAGGAAAAGUGCAGUUUCAUUUGUCAAGAAUAUUUUAAUCAGGGGAGACAAAAACAUAUAGAAUUUCAUCUGUUAAAACGGAUUGAACAAUGGCAGCUCGUCCAACUCAGAAAAACAUGGAGAAUCUUCCGGACUUUGUCCAGUUGAAUGACCUGGCUUGUGAAACAACAGGAGCAAAGAUCCUGUUUGCAACAGAUGAUUGGUUUGCAGCUGCAGAGAAUCUUUUGAAGCGAGAAGCGCCACAAUGGAAAGCAGAAGAUUUCACUAAUUUUGGAAAAUGGAUGGAUGGCUGGGAAACCAGGAGAAAACGAAUUUCAGGUCAUGACUGGUGUAUUAUCAAGCUGGGCGUGCCUGGAAUCAUACAUGGAUUUGAUGUAGAUACUUCUUACUUUACUGGCAAUUAUGCUCCUCGUAUAUCGAUUGCAGCAGCAAACCUAAAUGCUGAUGAAACUCCAGACCUGCCCCCAAGAGGGGAGAAAAUAGGAACUGCUGCUUCAGAGAAGGAAUUUGAAGCUGUCGGAAAGUUGCAGUCGGAGUUCUGGACUGUUUUGGUUCCAAUGACAAUCCUGCAACCGGGCUAUGUUGAUACUUGCCAUAAUUAUUUUCCUGCUCAGAAACUGGAGCGAUGGACUCACAUCAGACUGAACAUGUACCCAGAUGGUGGAAUUGCACGACUCAGAGUCUACGGCACAGGCCACAGAGAUUGGCUAUCAGUUUCACCAAAGCAGGAAAUAGAUCUGGUUGCAAUGACCAAUGGAGGUGUAUGCUUGGGAUACAGUGAUGCUCAUUUUGGACACCCUAAGAACAUUAUCGGCAUUGGAAGAUCCAAUGUAAUGUCUGAUGGAUGGGAGACAGCCAGGAGGUUGGACAGACCGACAAUUUUAAAGGUAGAUGAUCAGGGUAUUUUACAGGUACCUGGUUGUGAAUGGGCUGUUUUUAGACUUGGACAUCCUGGCGUAAUAACUCACAUUGACAUUGAUACAAGUCACUUCAAAGGUAACUUCCCUGAUAGUUGCAAAAUUGAAGGAUGUUCCAUAACUGCAGAAGAAGAGAAGGAAAGAAUUGCUACAAAGUGGAAAGACUGUUGUGGUUUGAAAUGGAAGUUAGUGCUGCCAGUUACUAAGCUCAAACCACACCAGCAACACUCCUACUCCACUGAAAUGAAAGAUACUCUAACUCACGUGCGACUAACAAUUAAACCAGAUGGUGGAAUCAGUCGGAUGCGGCUCUUGGGAUAUCCAUGCCCUCUGCCCUCAGGAACCCUGUGAAAAGAACCUUUGCAAGUGCAUUGCAAUUUUUUCUCUCAAUUACAUUAAUUUUUCUGGAAAUCUACUUAUGCUAGAUUGCCAGCUUUUUUUUUUGUUUCGGUUUGUCUUGCGCCAUUGGUAUUACAAAAUUAUUGGCUUCUUGUGAGGAAGCUAGAAGACUGAAGUUAUCAGGGAAAUCUCUCAAAUCCCAAUUAUGUUGUUUCUAUUACUGCAAUACAGUUGUGAAGGCAAUGAACCUAUAUGAAAUCUUAGCUAGUCUUAUUUUAUAAUUUAUAAAUAAUGUGUUCAAAUAUCUCUGCAAAUCCUGGUAUCAAUCUCUGCUGACUUGACUAAAUUAUUUGAGAUUGAGGAGGUUCCCUUCAUUUGAGUAAAAUGAAGAAGUCUCUGUGUCAUAAUGCACAGCUGUCAAGGGUAGAAUUGGCCAAUACCCAUGGCUUGUUUGAUUUGUAAUGACCAUGCCUAUCAAUUCAAUUUUAAGGGGUCUAUUAACCCCCACCCCUUGCAAGGAGAGCUGAACAGACCCAAACAAUGCCAAAAAUCUUCAGGGAUUCAGUGGAAUGGUAUGUCUGUUUUUACCUAGCGAUGUCUGAGGGAUUGUGUUUGGGGUAAUCCCUCCUUCAUAUCAUCUAUUGAUGGUGGGGAAGUUCUACCUUAAAUGGACUCCUAAAGAAGUGGCAAAUGCCAGGCUUUGGCACAUUCAAGAUAAACUUAAAUCCCCAUCAUAUCUCCAUACUUUUGUCUGAAUUAUUUCAGAACUGAAUGGGAUGCAUGCAGGUUUUUGGAGUCUCUUUUACUCUUAAGCAAUAUUUGAUAACAUUCUCUAAAUUGAAAUGUAGAUACUGUGAAUGUAUGCAUUUGGCCAGUUGAGGGCCACAAGUUACUGGCAGUGGUAUCAUUGUACAAUUAGUUAAACACUGGUACAACAUUCAUCUCUGCUAUUUUUAAUGGAGAUGUUAGGGAUCAAUGGUUGUCUUAACAGUUUAAAGAAAGAAAUAUGCUACAAGUAUGUUUAUGAAAUAAUAUAAACAACUGUAACUUCCAGCCUACUACUCCCUUCCUCGUGUAAAAUGUACAAUCUUGACACAUGGUAGACAACAUUAAUUACUUUCAAUAGUUUAAUCAUCUCUUUAUUAUUGGGGAUAUUUUACUUUCUUUAAAUAUCUGAUCAGUACUCUGGGGUUGGUGGCAAUACAAUUUAAACAGAAACUAGAAACCUUUGUUUAAAAUUGUUUGUGCUUUAAAGAAAUCACCAAUUACGACUGUGUAUUAAAUGUUAUGUGGAUGGCAUCUGUGUUAACAUUUAAUUGGAUGAUUUUUGAUGAAAUGAUCAAAGAGGAGGCAUAAAAUAAAGAUGAAUAACUGAA